AUGCCCGUUGUCAAAGGAGGUGUGUGGACCAAUAUCGAGGACGAAAUCCUCAAGGCGUCGGUCAGCAAGUAUGGCUUGAACCAGUGGGCGCGUGUGUCGUCGCUGCUCGCGCGCAAGACGCCCAAGCAGUGCAAGGCGAGGUGGAACGAAUGGCUCGAUCCCAGCAUCAAGAAGAUUGAGUGGAGCAAAGAUGAGGAUGAGAAACUUCUGCACCUGGCCAAGCUGAUGCCCACACAAUGGCGCACCAUCGCCCCGAUCGUCGGCCGCACCGCCAACCAGUGCCUCGAGCGCUACCAAAAACUCCUUGACGAGGCCGAACAACGCGAGGCGUCGUCCUUGGGGCUGACCGGCCCUGAGGGCGGUGAGACCCGAGCACCCACCGCCGACGAUGUCCGUCGUCUUCGCCCGGGCGAGGUCGACCCCGAUCCCGAGACCAAACCCGCUCGGCCCGACACCAUCGACCUGGACGAAGACGAGAAGGAAAUGCUGAGCGAGGCCCGCGCCCGUCUGGCCAACACACAGGGAAAGAAGGCAAAGCGGAAGGCUCGUGAGCGCCAGCAAGAAGAAUCGCGUCGGCUUGCCGCGCUCCAGAAGCGUCGCGAGCUCAAGACGGCCGGCAUCAACAUCAAGGUCACAACACGCAAGAAGGGGCAGAUGGACUACAACGCCGACAUUCCGUUUGAGAAGAAACCUGUACCCGGCUUCUACGACACGGUUGAGGAGAUACAGCGCAACGAGUACCAGCGUACGCACUUUGACCCAAAAAAGCAGCAGGUCGGUAACAAACGGAAGGGCGAGCAGGACGAGGAUGCGGAUCGGAAGAGGAGGAAGAACGACAAGGAUGCGCCGUCAGCGUCGAUACAGGCUGCCAUCAAGGCUGGACAGAUGCAAAAGAUCCGCGAGGCGGAGCAAAGCAGCAAGCGCAGGGCCCUGGUGCUGCCGGCGCCGCAGGUCAGCGAGGGUGAGCUAGAGGAGAUUGUCAAGUUGGGCAUGAUAGGCGAGCGGGCGAGCGCCAUGGCCCGCGAGAGCGACAACGACGCCACACGCGGGCUUGUGGGCAACUAUUCGACCCUUAACACCAAUGCACCCAUCCGGACGCCACGGGCCCCGGAACAGGAGGACCACAUCGCCAACGAGAUCCGUAAUAUCAGGGCAUUGACAGAGACGCAGUCGUCGCUGCUCGGCGGAGAGAACACGCCUCUUCACGAAGGAGCAGGAUCCACAGGAUUCGACUCGGUCGCGCCGCGGAAGCAGGUCGUUGCGACACCCAACCCCCUUGCAACGCCCCUGCGGUCUGCGGCAAAUGGCGUCGGCGCCACACCCCUACGGGUCGGGCAAACCCCUCUACGCACGCCCCGCGACAGCCUCUCGCUAAAUACGGUCGACAGUGAGAUGUCCAUGGUGGGCGGAACUCCGGCAGACGCCAGGCUGCGGGAGCUCUCAAUCCGCCACCAGCUUAAGCAGAGUCUCGCCGCUCUGCCCAAGCCAAAAGAGACUGAGUGGGAGCUGGAAUUGCCUGAAGACCAGCAGGAACCUAGGACCGUCGAGGAGCAGGAGGAAGAUGCCGCGGAACGCGACCGCAGGGAGCGGGAGAUCCGCGAGGCCCGGGAGCUGUUGGAGCGUAAGCGGCGGACCCAAGUGAUGCAGCGGGCGCUACCUCGAAUGGUUGCGGUUGAUUACAAGGCGUUACUGCAGGAGACGGCGAAGAUCCAGGACCCCGCCCAGGCCCUCGUCGCCCGCGAAGCGGCUCUCCUAAUGGCGCACGAUGCCACCAAAUACCCGCUUCUUGGGGCUCCGCCAGGGGCAAAGCCAGUGGAACUUCCGCGAAUCGACGACGCAGCACUGGCUGAAGCGCGGCUCCAAGUUCUGAUGGAGAUGAAGGACAAGCCAAAGCCCGAAGAGGUGCAGGCAGCAUGGGACAAGGAAAAUACCAAUGCCCUGCUUCUCGGCCUGGGGUGUUACGAGUCUGAUGAGGAGGAGGAUCAGGUGGCCACUAUGCGGGCUGCGCUUGACGAUACCCUCGAAACUCUGAUCGAUUCGGCUGAGAAGGGCAACAAGCUCGAGAAGAAACUUAACCUGCACCUAGGAGGAUACAAGAACCGGGCCGAGAUGCUGCGUAAAAAGAUUGGCGAGGCGCAUGGCGCACUGGAAAAGGCGCGCCAUGCGUUAAGCGGAUUCCAGGUUCUUAGGGUGUCCGAGGAGGCGGCCAUCCAGCGGCGUCUGGCGGCGCUACGGGCCGAGGUGGCCUUUGUGAGCACUCGGGAACGCGAGGCACAGGAGCUGUACCGGCGGAUGAGAGAUGAACUGGAUGAGCUGAAGAUUGGGGUUAACGGACAAUGA